GUAUGACUAUUGUACAUAAGAGGAAAAGGCAGUUUUACAUAAGACGUGUGUAAAGUUCAAGGGUAAAUCAUAUAGAAUCAACAUCCAGUCCCACACCCGACACCCGACACCCGACACCCUACACCCCUCAUCCGAGAUCUAUAUUUAGACACCUGAGGACUGAUAUGCCAGGUAUGAUGACUGGGUCACACUAGGACUUCGGCGAGUGUCAUCGACGUAAAGGGCCAGAUGGAGAGGAUUUUACAGUUUGAAACCAAUGAAGAAGGCUAUCCUAUGCCGGAGUUCUUUGACCGGUACUCGAAAAGGAUGCCAGUGUUUGCUGUAGUCACGCAGGGUUGCCUUGGGGUAACCGAUCUAGAGACAUUCGCCUCUGAGCAGCCUCUGUUCUGCCACAGCUACGUCAAACAGAGGCGAGUGGUCGCGCGGGACUCACGUGGCAGGACAAUCAGCAUCCCCGAGGAGUACCCCAUGAAGUUCAAGAUCGUCAUAUCCAGAAGUAAAGUGGGGCCAGAACAGACAAUGAAAGAGAUCCUGCGUGAGAACAAACUGCCAGUGCAGGUUAAGUUUGCUGCUCCCUCCAAUGUUGCCUUCUAUGUGGGGUCUAAUCGACAACAGGCCAAGGACCUCAGUAAUCUCGCACUGUCACGUAUCUACGAGGAGACGUACAUCCUGGCUAGUGGCGUCUAUGGGCGUACCGUGGAUAAGCAGGUGUUGGUGGUGCCCCUAUACCUCGGUGACCUGCAGGUGUCCACAGUGAAGGGCGUGGUCGGUAUGAAGGAUGCGGAGUGGAAGACCAUGUAUGCUGAACUAACACAGUCUCUGAAAGAUGUCAAAGUUCCUCCCAACUUGGGAAAUAAUGAGAUAGCAGUGUUUUCGGACAGCUCCGUGGUAGAUAAAGAGGACCACAUCUAUUGCUACGUGGAGCCUGCAGAAUAUAUCACCUACUCUCUCUCCUGUCACAAGACGGCGCCAGUGAUGCUGAAAAGUACGCUACUCCAUACUUCCACAAGAGACAUCCACUCAAAGGAUCCAUGAUAUCCGAGCUACAGAAGAAAUUAAUGACCACAAAAACCGAAGAAAAUACACAUAGAUGGAGUGUAACAAAGGCCACAAGGAGUAUCAGUUCAAGCAGUCAGGAUACCAGCUGCAGACCGAAACUUCCCCCACGAUCGAUCUCAGUACCUGAUGCAGGCGAUGUUAAUAUGAGCCGGCCACAAGGGACAGUGAGUGGUAAUACCCCAGUGCCUGAACUACCACGGCGUAAAGGUAGUACCAAACAGGUGCCCAAUCACUUGAAAGACCUCACGAUAGAGGGGUUUUCUAAGGCUCUCAAGGAACUGAAACUGGUCAAACAUGUUUCAGCUUUUCGAAAUCAGCAGGUAGAUGGCACACUCGCAAACGAAUUUACAAAUGAUGUAUUAAAGACCGAUUUCAAACUGACAGGGUUUGAAUCCGUUAAGCUUAUGAAAUUUAUCAAGACUGGACACAUACCACGUGAAUGAAACCUCAAACAGGUUAAAAUAGUAACAGAUGGACAGACCAAUUGCAAACGUUUGUAUUUAUGCAUUUUUUAUAUAUUUUUUUUCACUUAGAUUAACAUUGUCAAGAUGUUAUACAUAGAAUGUCAGUGCAAAAAUACCAAGUCAGGUAAAGGGAAUAUAGCUGUGAAUAAUACAUGAAUGGAUAAUGGACACCUGGUGUCAAUGAUGACACCAGGUGUUCGGGAAAAUCCCAGUAAUUAUGACAUCAAUAGAAGACAAUGGGAGCCUCGCCAAAUCCAAAGUUGCGUGAUCCGCGAGUCCGUCAUUCUGUGAAGGUUUUUGUCACACAGUCCUGUCAAACAGUCUUUCCGCCUUCACCAUCUGUUGCGUAUGCC